AUGCAUACACGGCGCUACUCUCUCCUUUAUUCUCUUGCUCUCCUAUGCGUCUCAAAUCUCACACUCGCACUCACACCCUGGGAGUCAAUCCACCAGACAAUCCACACGUACCCACUGGCAAUUGACUCUAAGGACUUCGCCCUGCUCUCGAAGGUCUUCACGUCCGGCGCCUCCGCCAACUACACCGGCGAUCUCUCCAAUCUCAACGGCCUUCCAGCAAUCCAGACCGCGCUCGCAGCAUCGGUUGCCAACGUCUACUCCCAACACCUCCUCGGCACCACCGUCAUCGACAUCCACAGCAACGGAAUCAACGCAAAUUCUACCACCUACUUCCAAGCCAGCCUUUUCGGCAAACCUUACUCUAUCGGCUCUGUGGUGUCUCUUUACGGAUACUAUGCGGACACCAUUGAGAGAGCGACUGAGGGGUGGCGAAUCUCGAAGAGGCUGCUUGUGUUCCAGGGGCCGGGCUUCGUGGGCAAUUUGAGUCUCGUGGGCAUGUGA